GGCGUGGCGUGAAGGGACAGGACGGGGCGUGGCGUGGUGGAGCGGCGGGCGUCCGACACAAAGCAGCUCGAGCGGCGGCGUUAAGUGGGGAACAUGGCUGCGGCCGAGGAGAGCAACAACGCGCAGCGCACUGAGGAGACCCCGGCCCCGAAGUCGACAGCGAACGAUAGGCUGAAGUACACGUGCCUGGUGGUACUGGUGAUCCAGAAUGCUUCAGUCAUCCUCUGUAUUCGCUAUGUGCGCACCGUGCCAGGCGACCGUUUCUUCACCACCUCUGCCGUGGUGGCCGUCGAGGUCCUCAAGCUGCUCACCUGCCUGCUGCUGUUGCUGUUCCAGAGGAGAGGGAACGUGAAGGAGUUGGCUCUGCAUCUGUAUGACAGUCUCAUCGUUCACUACAUGGACACGCUGAAGAUGGCCAUCCCCUCGCUCAUCUACACCCUGCAGAACAACUUGCAGUAUAUUGCCAUCUCCAACCUGCCGGCCGCCACCUUCCAGGUCCUGUACCAGUUUAAGAUCCUCACCACGGCCCUGUUCUCGGUGCUGAUGCUGAAGAAGUCCCUGGGCCGGCUGCAGUGGAUCUCCCUGGUCAUCCUCUUCUUGGGGAUUGGUGUUGUACAAGUGACGCAGGAGGGCAGUGCCGGGCGAGACCAGGUACCCGGCCAGAGCUACCUGGUGGGACUGCUGGCUGUGGUGAUCUCCUGCAUCUCCUCGGGCUUUGCCGGCGUCUACUUCGAGCGCAUCCUGAAGGGGACCUCGGCCUCCAUCUGGCUGCGCAACAUCCAGCUGGGUCUGUUUGGGACGCUGCUGGGUUUGGGGGCGAUGAUGUCCAAGGACGGUCCCGCCAUCGCCCAGAAAGGCUUCUUCUUCGCCUACACGCCCUUGGUGUGGUCCGUCAUCUUCAACCAGGCCUUCGGGGGCCUGCUGGUGGCCAUGGUCGUCAAGUACGCCGACAACAUCCUCAAGGGUUUCGCUGCCUCUGUCUCCAUCAUCAUCUCUACUGUUGCCUCCGUCCACCUGUUCGGUUUCCACCUCGACCUGUACUUCACGCUGGGCGCCGGGCUCGUCAUCACCGCUGUCUUCCUGUACAGUCAGCCUAGGAGUAGCCCCAGCACUGACCCCGGCACGGCCAAGCAGCCUGAGGCAGCCACCACCAAAAUCGGCUCCAAGGAGAAGGGUUGCUGACUCCAGACCGACCGGACUGGCAGAGGCAGCGGAUUCUGGACUCGAACAUUAUUUUGUGGUGGUGGGGGGGGGGGGUUGGGGUUCAAUUGCGGCAUGAUGAGCUCCCCCCAGAACUCCUGGCUUUCU